UUAGCGGUGGCUCGAGUCGAGCACUGCCACCAUUGUUCGCCCCGCCCCGCCAGCUCGAUGUAGCCAAUCAAUACCCCAUCAACCACACAACCACAGGCCCGCUAUCUUAGCGCCACACAACCACAGGUGGCCACUCAUUGACGGAGCAGCUUGACGUCAUCAACACACAGUUGGCCAAUCAUUGGCAGCAUUAAAGCUUCACACCCUCACUCCUUGAUCACGGGCAUCACGUGACUCGGCCAUUAGUCAACAGAUGUUGUUGCAGUAGACAAUGCCAGGAUAUAGUCUGACGUUUGUAGAAAAACUGCGCAGAAGAUGCUACUGCCCCUUGUGUCGUCUGCCCAUGCGCGACCCGGUGCUCGUGCGGACCUGUGGCCAUCGGUUCUGUGACGUCUGUCUUCAAGAAUUCCUCAGUGGCGGCGUGUUCAAGUGUCCAGAGGAUGACAAGCCACUGGACUACGCUAAGCUGUACCCUGACAGUGAGGUCCACACGGAGAUUAUGAACAGCAUCAUUCGCUGCACGUACCAGAAGGAGGGCUGUCGCUGGGUGGACAAGCUACAGAACUUGCCGAACCACCUGCAGGCCUGCCGGUUUGACGCCGUGCCCUGCCCCAACAAGUGCACGGCUCACCUGACCAAGGCCAACCUGGACGACCACCUCGAGUACCUGUGUCCCAAGCGCUCAGUCGUCUGCGACUUUUGUCUGCAGGAGUUCAGUGGCGAGUUCAUGGAUCAGAGCCACGCCGGCAACUGCCACAAGGAGACCAUCUGGUGUGAGAACAAGUGUGGCGCCAAACUCGAGCGCCGGUACCUGGCCAACCACCAGAAGAACGAGUGCCACAAGAGGACGGUCGCCUGCCAGUACUGCGGCAAGGACUUUGUGCAGGAGACGCUACAGACCCACCAGUACCAGUGUCCCAGGUUUCCGGUCACGUGCCCCAACAGAUGUGACCCGGCCAAAAUCCCCAGGGAGGAGCUAGAGCUUCACGUGCAGGAGUUGUGUCCCUCAGCCACCAUCUGCUGCCCUUUUAAAGAGGCCGGCUGUAGGCAUAAGUGCCCCAGGUACGGCCUAGAGCAGCACAUCAGUGAGAGCAUGAAGAGCCACCUGGAGCUGACCUGUGACCUGGUCAAACAGCAGCAGGCGCAGAUAACUCAGCUCUGCUCAACCCUGCAGACGAUAACACAGACCACGGAUGGCGUCUUUAUUUGGAAAAUCAGCAACUACAAGUCCAAGUCAAUAGAGGCCAUGUACAAGAGCAGCAAGGAGCUGGUCAGUCCGCCAUUUUACACCUCCCGUUUCGGCUACAGGGCCUGUCUCUCCGUCUUCCUGCAGGGCAACGGGGCGGGGGAGGGCAAGUUCAUCUCCGUCUACAUCAAGCUGCUCCCCGGGGACUACGACAACAUCCUCGACUGGCCCUUCUCGCUGCCCGUGUCCUUCACCUUGCUGGACCAGCACAGCGAGGCGGCCAUGAGGGCCAACCUGUCCGAGAGCUUUGUGCCAGAGGCCGGCUGGAAACAUUUCCAGAAACCUGUCAAGGCACAGGACUCGCUCGGCUUCGGCUACCCCAAGUUCGUCUCACACGAGGUACUUCGGUCACGUGACUACAUCCGGGACGAUUCGCUCAUCAUCAAGGUCAGUGUAGACAACGCCAAGUUCAACAAACCCUGAGCCCAUUGCGUCCUACUCGUCUGCUUCUAAAUGGUGGAGAAUUGUGUCAUAGCUGUGUGACGGCAGCUGUGUGACGGCUGUGUGACAGCUGUGUGACGGCUGUGU